AUGUCGUCAUCAUCGUGCUGCCUUCUGCUGCUGUUCACAUUGCUGCUUAUUGCCAGUUUAACAGAACGCUCUCAUGUUGAGGCACGCUAUCUCUUCGUACCGAAGAGGGUGCACUUCAGUCCUCCGUCAGCGUCGGCGAUGAACCUCGUCAGCAGACAUGGAGAAGGUAGCAGUGAAGCCAUUGAAGGCACGAGUGAUCAAGAAGCCCUCCUUUAUCCCGGUCCGCGUCUCUCCCAGUACAUUAACAAACGAGGACCGGAAAUCUUCAUCCCCCUCAUGGAGGCUUAA